GCGCCCUGGUAGUCCCGCCCCAUUUCCUGCCUCUUUCCUUUCCCUCGUCUGCGUGCGCGGAGCGGCGGCGACUCUUUGGCUCUCUCGGCUCCAUCUUGGAUCGGCGACUGAGGGUAGAAUCAUGCAACUCUUCAUUCGUGCUCAGAAUCUGCACACCCUUGAGGUGUCCGGACAAGAAACAGUAGCUCACCUUAAGGCCCACAUUGAGUCCUUGGAGGGCAUUGUGCCUGAGGAUCAGGUGAUCCUCCUUGGCGGGACCCCCCUGGAAGAUGAUGCGGUCAUUGGACAGUGUGGCAUCAGUGACCUCACAACGCUGGAGGUUGCUGCACGCAUGCUGGGUGGUAAGGUCCAUGGCUCCCUGGCUCGUGCUGGCAAAGUGAGAGGCCAGACCCCAAAGGUUGCUAAGCAAGAGAAGAAGAAGAAGAAGACUGGCCGUGCCAAGAGGCGCAUGCAGUACAACCGCCGCUUUGUCAACAUUGUGCCAGGCUUUGGCAAGAAGAAGGGCCCCAAUGCCAACUCCUAAGCAGCACCCAGUUACCUAAUAAAUCUGAUCUUAGCUUGGA